UCUCUCUCUCCCCCAUAGAGCGCAGCAUGAGCGCUCCGCAGCAAAAGGAUGUGUGAGCAGGCAGCGCGUUACUGUAGGGACGGGGUCCACAAACUGCUGAACAAAGAACAAGCCAAACUUCGAGCCCAGGAAAGCCGCGAGCAGCCGAAACCCGUAGCCGGUCAGGACAGUGAGUCCGCGACGGCAGCGCAGUCCGGAAACAGCGGCGCCCAGCCCGGUGGAAUCGACGGGCUCGUCCGCUGGAUCGUCACCAAAAUGAGCGACAACAAGAACAUCUCCAGCCGGGAGUACGCCUCCAGCAAGGAGGAGGUGGCCGUGGCUCAGGAGCAGUUCUUCGCCCCGGAGCCACGGAGAGGCAUCUCGGUUAUCCUGGAUAUAUUCAGAAGAGCCGACAAAGAUGAUGAUGGGAAGCUGUCUCUGGAUGAGUUCCAGGCUUUCUUCUCUGACGGGACGUUGAACGAGGAGGAGCUGGAGAAACUGUUUCACACCAUCGACUCUGAUAACACCAGUAAUGUAGACACGAAGGAACUCUGUGACUACUUUGCCAAGCACAUGGGAGACUAUGAAGGAGUUCUGGCCUCAUUGGAAACGCUGAACCUUUCCAUCCUCAGAGCAAUGGAUUUCACCAAAAGGGUAUAUGAGAGGGGAACCAAUGUGGAACAAUUUGUGACUCGCUUCCUACUGAAGGAAUCGGCCAAUCAGAUCCAGUCUCUCCUGAGCUCUGUGGAAAGUGCGGUGGAUGCGAUUGACGAGCAGCACGGCCAGUCUGGUCAUCAACCUGCCAAAGUGAGCCCACGGAUGCCGGAGAAGCGCUAUCAGAACACUGUCCCUGAUUAUCCCCCCAACAACAGAGUGAGUGCCAGAGAGGCCGUCAGGACCAUCAACACAGCUUCAGGAGCUGUAGAGGUGAGAAAAGAAGGUCUGGAGGCUCAGAUCAAUCGCCUGGCAGAACUGAUUGGACGUCUCGAGAAUAAGACAGUCUCGUUUGAUCUGCACCAGAGGCUAACAGAUACAGAUGGCACCCCGAGCGCAUCUUUGCUGCUGAUUCGCCAGGAGAUGGUGGUGUCCCAGAAGAAGCUCGGAGAGUUCUGCGAGGCUCUGAAGCAAUACCUGAAGAAUGUCUCUGCUCAGAGAGACUGCUUUCAUGUGACUGCAGUUCGUCUCCCAGAUGGUUUGUCCUUCGUCGUCUACGAGUUCUGGGAUGGAGAGGAAGAGUGGAAGAGGCACCUUCAAUCGGCUCCCAACAAAGCCUUUCAGCAUGUGAAGGUGGACACACUGUGCCAGCCCGAGGCCAUCUCCUCUGUAGCAGUGCCAGCCGCCUGGUGCAGCGUGAACAGGGAUUGAGCAUGAAGAUGGUGGACUACACACCAAGACUCCCCCUGGACACUUUCUUUUAUUCCAACCUGUUUACUGUCCCUCCUCCUCCCUUUAUCCUUUAACUCUUUUUGUAAGUACAUGUUUACAUAGUGCAAAGGAAGGGCAUCAUCUGUAGAGAAAACUGUUCAAUUUAAUGUGAGAAUACAAAACAUGUUUGCAAUGGGAUGAUUUGAUGCUUAAAGUAGCUCUGAGCCACUUUGAGGUAGAGUUUAUGUAGCAAGGAUUAUGAGGUUGUAAGUCAUGUAGCAAAGUCUGUUUUUGGAUUAUACAUUGGCAUUAUUUUUUUUACAACACUUUAUGAUGGUGUCACCAUAAACUGCUCAUCCUGCUAACCUUCUUUAACAAGUUGCAGCUAACUCUACAUUUCUGAAAACAUUACCCUCACCUUGGCCAUUUUAAGCUCACUGAUUAGGACCAUCAGCAGCCAUAAAUGUCAAUUUAGUUUGCACUCUCAGGAAAAUAGCUGCCUCUCUAGUUAAGGUUAUGCAACUGGAAACUAUUCAAAAGAAAAUUAGGACAAUAUAAAAAUCAAACUCCAGUAGCUCCCACCAAGCUCACAUCAAAUGGCUCUUUGCAAUGCUGUAUUGAUAUAAGACUUGUGUUUGUUUCAUGUAAGAAAAAAUGAUGACAGACCAGUUGGUUUUACUGCUCCAGAUACUACACAAUAACAUCCCAAAAACACUGCAGUAUGCACUGCUUCCAAGUCCACCUUACUUUAGAGAGCAUCAAAUUUCUUCCAUGCAUACAGCCCAGGAAUUAGUUUUAGAGAUGCUGCAUGUCAGAUUUUCAACAGUUGCUACAUAUUGUUAAUGGGAUUUAAAUUGUCUAAUUUGUAUCCACAGUUAAGUACUCUUAAUUGUCAUGCUUCAGCAGAGCAGCCUUAAAAAUUUCUAUUUGAAAAAAAAUCAGGCUUCUUUUUUAAGGAGCAUUCUGAUCAAUAAUGGCUGCUGUGGGUGUAAUGAGUAAAUAAAUACACCUGAGCAACAAAACAGCAGUCAUCUUGUGGUGAGACAGACCCUGAAAGGAGCUAGCCAGAAAAUCUUUUCACAAAGAUUCAGCGAUAACCUUCUAUUCAUUGUUUUUCAUAUGGCUUUGUUUUAUUUCCUUAAUUUAUGAGCAGAGUUUAUUUUUGUUGGGACAAAGAUUUUGGAGAAAGAAAAAGUGAAGCACCUUUCUGCUUUUCAUGCAACUCACUUGGUCUACUUUUUGCCUUGGUCUACAAUUGGUGAUGGGUAGCUCAUAUUAGUGGUGACUGACUAGCAGAGGUUGUACAUAGUAAAACGGUGUUCUAUUCUGAUUAUAUUUGUAUUUAUUGACACGUCUCAGUGAUAUGGUGUAAAUUCUUUCUCGGUGAAAGUGGAUUCAGGGGGUGCAGCAGUUUCUCUUCAGUUUGUUUAAAAUCUGUGACAAAGUCUGAUUUAAAGCCUUAAACAUAAAAAAAAAAAAACAUGGAACUGGUUUUGAACAUUUGCUGGACCUUUGAUUUCAAGUAAACAAGCUUGUGUGAAAUGCACUUGAAAUUUGUCCAUGAAUAUUGUAGAAAAAUAACCAGUUUCCUUGACAUAUAAUUACAUUCACAAUAUGUAUUUCACUUUUUGUAUGAAAAAUCAGUAAGUGCAGUUACUAUGGCAUUACCACAAAACCACCCUGAUAUUAGCGUUUACAUACCUGCAUGGGUGUUUUGGCCACAGAAUAUACAAUGCUUCACUUAAACAUUCAGCUGUUAAAUGAAAAUUGUAAUUAUGUGAAGACAGAGGAGUCUAAGGUUUUUUCUGAUUUUGGGGAGUCUAAUUAGGCCACUUGGAAACCGCCACCAUUGUAAAGCAAUCAGACUAAAAAAGCACAAUGUAAAAAAAAAUAAAAUAAAAAAAAGUUUAUAUAGUGAGCAACAUGAAAGUAUUUAGAAAUCAAUAGUAUUGCCAUUGGCUUCCACUUCAGUCCUUGUUUGACUCACUUUCACCUGCACUUCUGCUUCCUAUCCAAGAGCGUCAGUAGUAGAAAGUUGGGAAUCAAUACUCACUGGCACUUCUGUCAAUCCAGCACCAAGUCCGUCUUUUAGGGCGCUGGGCUGCCCUGAGCAGAGUCAGGACUCUGGGACUUGCAGAAUAAUAAUAUCCAGCUGCCGAAAUACUUUUGUUACUGUGGAUUUCUAAUACAGACAUGUGUGAAUUGUUUUCAGUAACCUCAGAGGUUUAAAGGGACCCUGCAGAGGUUUUGAUCUCUUGAGCUAUAAAAUGGUGUUUUUAGAGAAGAACUGGGCCUAUUGAAUAGUUAGAAAUUAGGUGCCAUUUUUGAAGUCAUUAAAGUUUAGAGCAGCCAUCUUUAAAAGUAUUUUUUCUCCCUCGUUAACAGUAGGUAUUAACAUUGCAGAAACCAUGACUAUAGUACACCCUACUUUCCAAUUCACAAAAGUGCGUGCCAAUUUGGUUUCACAUCCAUGUUGAAAUGUUUUAAGGAAUAAAAUUUACAGUACUAAUAAAUACUAACAAACCUUAUUCAGUGACAACUUUGAACCUUGCCAUAAAGCAGACUUAAAGCUAAUGACAGAAAGCAUAAUGUAAACAGUGGCUGAGAGCUCAGCGUGCUCCAACAGAUAAAAAGAAGUUGUUGUCUGACUACACAUAAAUAUGAACAAACAAAAUUAAAAUAAACAGGAAAGCAAAAUAUUUUUUCAGGAACACAUUUAUCUGUGUCCUGUGUGUAUUGUCCUAUCGACAUCUUGGGAUAUCGAUAGGACAAUGAAUCAUAUGAUUCAUUUUUACUUGCAUUGCUUAGAGUUACACAUUUUUAAUGCUGAUCCAACAUUAAACCUACUUGUGGUUCCUCUGCUAGUCUGAGCCUAACUUUAACAUACCAACAUUUGACUCCUUAUUCUUGACCAAUUUAUAGCCUUUCAUACGACAAUGCAUUGCAUCUAACAGCUGAUUGCAUACCUCAACAACUUAACAUUUAAACUCCUCUUCUCAAUGGUAUGAGUUUCUACAAGUUACUAAAGCAAAUCAUAAUCCAUACAGACGCCAAGGAGUUAAGUUUUUUGUAUCAAAAUAAAUACUUUUUCGUAUCCGUUGAUGCCACUCUGGCAAUGUUGAAAGCGUCAGUAAAAAUAUUUGUAUCCAUCCCGCAAACUACCAUCCAACAUUGAGACACAAAGACUCUAAAUUAAUUAAUAAAUUAAUUGAGCUGCCCGGACUGCUAUGCCUACAUUAAUGGAAACAUGAACAAUCUAGCUGGAAAGCAAAAGAAGAAUCAUCAAUUUCAGUCACAAUAGAGAUUUUUUUAACUCAAACAAUCCUUAUUUGUUUGAGGAAAUGGAGACUGUAACGAUUGAUAAGUCUAAACAUGUCAUUUUAAAUAUGUAGUUUUUAAACCCAUUUUGUUUUUCAUUUGCUGUAAGGUUUUCAAGCAGUUAUUUGGCUACAAUGCAUUCCCAGCGUAAAAUAAUGCCUUCCCAAUUUGCUCAAUUUUAGCAGUGUUGUAUUUAAUCUUUGCUGUGCAUUAAAUCAUUUUAAGCCCCCCCCCAAAAAAAAACCCAGUAAAAAUGGUCGUUUUGAUUAAAUCUCCACAGGAAGUCUUUUAACUUCUCACAGUUUAAAGUAGAAAUUAGUCAAAACAUGAAUCAUGUUUGCUUUCUAUAAGUUGAAGUACUCCAGUAAAAACGAAGCCAUAUCACAUGAAUUGGUGUUUACCUACAGCUUACUGAAAGCCAUAAGCUUUACAGUGUUCAGCGUAGCCCAUGCGGUCUAAUCGAGGAUUCUUUCUUGGGGUUGAAAGUUGAUGAUGAUUUAGAGGUAAAAAAAAAUAUGAGUACUGUUUCCUGUUAAUACAUUCCUGAAUGUCCCUGAGACUGUGUUCUUUUUCCACCCUUCUCCCGCCUCCUCCUCAGUGCUUUGUCAUACAAUGAAAGAGUUAUGCCGUUGAACUGUUUCACACCAGUAUGGCGUGAAUGUUAGCUGCAGGAAAGAAAAAAAAACAAACAAAAACAGAUCUGAUGUUGCUGUUAUCAGAGUCUGUCGUCAAUCGAUACGAAAAGCCAAUCAGGAAUUUGCCAAAAUAUCAGACAUCAAGGCCAUAACUCUUCCUUUCUAUGGCGGUGUUCUUUUCUAUCCUUCUAUUGAGUGCAUGUCAACUGAAUGUCCAGUAAUGUAGUAUUAGGCCAUGCUACUCCUUCAAUAGGUUUUGUGCAUUUCUUACCUUAUUUAUUUUCUAGUAUUCCUAUGAAGAAAACAGACUAAAAAUGUAUUAUAUAAAUACAUAUAUAAGAAAGAUGACAUAAAAGAAUGAAUUAUCACUUUUAUGGCAAUGUUUGAUGAAAUAUUAAUUCUUAAUGUAUGUUUCAGUAAAACUGCUUUCUCUUCAAAUGUAGAGACUUAUUGCAGGGAUGCAAGUAUGAUCUUUGGUCUUUGAAGAAUAUCUUGUUGAAAUUCUAGAUGAUGUAGAGUGAUACAAUUCAAUAAAACUAUAAAGCUGAAAA